CUUCCACGGACAAUUAGGUUGCUUCAAUACAGUAUCCAUGGCGUCUUAGAACGUGAGUGUGUGUAUGAAUCUGUGUGAGAGUGAUAUAGGGAGAUGUUGAUUAAUCAGCUUUCAAAGCUCUCAACUCGUCUCACCAUCUUCAUUUCACAACCUUCUUCCUGUUCCCGAUUUUUCAAACUCAGACAACCCUUAAUCGCCGCCAUCCUAUCUACAGCUCAAGAUAACCCAAUCUCUCAUUUCUAUUCAACCCUCAACACUCUUCCGAUCUAUACCCAUCAAAAUCUCCCUAUUUCAGAAGAAACCCAAAUCGAGAUUCCAUUAGAAAAACUCUUUGUGCCGCCGGAAACGGAUGCUUCGUCUGUAAACGUGAGAAUCUUGAAAGACUCUAACAUAGUACUUAGCAAGUUCGCUAGAGAUCCCUUGAUUACUGAGGCUAAUUUUGUGAAAAGUAGCGUUAGAACAGAGGAUUGCCCUGCCGAUGGACUUCCUGAAUUUGCUCUUGUUGGGCGGUCAAAUGUGGGUAAAUCUUCCCUCCUCAAUUCACUUGUCCGCCGGAAAAAGUUAGCUCUCACCUCCAAGAAACCCGGAAAAACACAAUGUAUUAACCAUUUCCGCAUUAAUGAUAGCUGGUACCUAGUGGAUCUGCCGGGUUAUGGAUUUGCAGCUGCCCCGGGAGAAUUAAAGAAAGAUUGGAACAGGUUCACAAAGGACUAUUUCCUAAAUCGUUCUACUUUGGUUUCGGUAUUCCUUCUUAUAGAUGCUAGUAUUCCAGCAAAAAAGAUUGAUCUUGAAUAUGCAAGUUGGUUGGGUAAAAAUAAGAUUCCAAUGACACUGGUCUUUACCAAGUGCGAUAAAAGGAAGAGGAAAAAGAAUGGAGAUAAAAGACCCGAUGAAAAUGUGAAAGAUUUCGAGGAGCUUAUAAGUGGUUUCUUUGAAUCCAUACCUCCAUGGAUCAUGACCAGCAGUGUCACCAAUCAAGGUCGAGACGAGAUUUUACUGCAUAUGGCCCAGCUAAGAAACUAUUGGCUCAAACAUUAAAUUGAAUCUCAUGAAUUAACUUAUUCUCUUUUUAUGCAAUUGGUAUUUUCUUCUAAGGUUGUAGUUACAACUCAAAAGUGACUGAGUUAUUUAUUGAACAAGAACCAAGGAAUUUACUUCUUUAGGCCAAAUUUCAAGAUUAUAGAUCAUUUCUUAUCUUUAUACCUUCUUAAAUGUAGGGCUGGUUUA